AUGUCAACUCGAAAGAAUAACCUAAAGUCACAAUUUCCUGAAGAAACUAAAAAAAAACCGACUUACCUUAUAUUUGCAAACUUGCGAAGCAAAACGAUACGAAGAGGAAACCUAAAAGGAAGGCAGGACACAAGUAUACAAAGAAUCGGUCGAUUGUUACGCCCUGAAAUUCAGCAGAACCUGAAUGAUUUUUUGGAAGUGUAUCUUGGUUUAAAAAAUGGGUUAAGAAAUAAGACUCCUUUCAUUUAUCGAUCAACAUUCCAUUUAAAAGGAUUAAUUUGCCUCUUUAAACGCUCUGCAGUUUAUGAAAUCUUGGAGAAGAUGGUUUUAUUUGAUUAA